CGGUCACGCACGCCACGCACUCGGCAUGUCUCGAGCACAUCGGAAACAUCACCGUUCCGCUCUUAACCUCGCGGAAGAUUAGCGAGAUCAGCCACGCACGCAGCAACGCGCAGCUCAGGACGCGUCGCGUGCAACCACACCGAGAGAAGCGAAGCUAACGGGGACCGGAGAGAUGGCGGAGAAACGCAUGUCGCGCUGGUAUUUCGGUGGGAUCGCGUCGUGUGGAGCCGCUUGCUGCACGCACCCGCUGGACCUGAUCAAGGUGCACCUGCAGACGCAGCAGGAGGUGAGGAUGAGGAUGGUUGGCAUGGCGAUGCACGUGGUGAAGAGCGACGGUGUGCUGGCGCUCUACAACGGCCUCAGCGCGUCCCUCUGCAGACAGAUGUCGUAUUCUCUCACGCGGUUCGCCAUCUACGAGACGGUGCGAGACAUGAUGGGCAGCGGCAGUCAGGGACCCAUGCCCUUCUAUCAGAAAGUCCUGCUGGGGGCGUUUGGAGGGUUCACCGGCGGCUUCAUCGGGACUCCGGCAGACAUGGUGAACGUUCGGAUGCAGAACGAUGUGAAGCUUCCUGCAGAGCAGAGGAGAAACUAUAAACACGCGCUGGACGGACUCUUCAGGGUCUGGCGGGAAGAGGGAACCAGGAAGCUGUUCUCAGGAGCCACUAUGGCGUCCAGCAGAGGAGCGCUGGUCACCGUCGGACAGCUGGCAUGUUACGAUCAGGCCAAGCAGCUGGUGUUGGGCACAGGACUCAUGGGAGACAACAUACUCACACACUUCCUGUCCAGCUUCAUCGCUGGAGGUUGUGCGACGUUCCUCUGCCAGCCGCUGGACGUCAUAAAGACCAGAUUAAUGAACUCCAAAGGAGAAUACAGAGGUGUGGUGCACUGCCUUUCUGAAACCGCCAAACUGGGACCACUCGCCUUCUACAAGGGUUUAGUUCCGGCCGGGAUCCGCUUGAUUCCUCACACCGUCCUGACGUUCGUCUUUCUGGAGCAGCUGAAGAAACACUUCGGCAUCCUUGUGAUCAGCUGAACUUUGACUUCUUGACCUCUUGACCUCUCCCCUUGUGGCUCACGGCUGUAUGUUUUCUGGACAAUCUCUCUCUUUCUCACACUACUCUGUCACGAUAAACGUCACAAACGCCAACGUAACGAAACACGGCUUCAUUUCUCCGGGACGCCUGGGAAAACACGACUGGACUCUUCAGGGUGAGGUGUAGAUCAUAGAUGUUAUCUAUCAGGAUAGAUAUGUUUGUAGUAUACAUGUAUACAUUUGAUUAUGAAUAAAUGAUGAUUCCAAUUAUUAUUUUGUUUAAAAGCCGUUCAUAAAUCCUCAUAUUGCAGAUGUUUUAAAGGAAUAAUUCACCCAAACACAAACAUUCGCAUCAUUUACUCACCGGAUGUUGUUCAAAACCUGAUUUUGGUUUUACAGAACUGUUCCUUUAAGACAUGAAACGCACACACAAAACGGUCCAUAUUUAUGGUUUUAAAGUGAAUUGUGUUUUAAUGAUGCAAAUACUGUAUUUUCAAAGAAGAGUUUGAUUGACAGAUGUUAAUUAGGGUUAAGCAUGUUUUUUCUUUUAUAAGCGAAAUAUGCUGAGGAAGAAAACAAAAUGACCGACUGAUGGGGAUCCAACGGCUUUUUGCAUUGUGAACUUCUGUAUUUGGUUCUAUGAUUUCAUUUUUCAUUAUUUUUCUGUUUCGUUCAUCUCUAUUAAUUCUACAUCAUUUGUGACAAAAAUGAGAUACUGUAAUUCCUGCAAAUGUGCUUUUUAUGUUUCAAGGUAACGGGGGCAUUUAGUGAAUAGACUUAUUACUAAUUCAGUUUAACGGUUCGGUCCUAAAUUUCUAGAUUUAUCUCGAACUAAGCAUGUAACAACAAACGUUUAUCACAUAUUUACUUAGCGUUUAAACUUAAUAUUUUAGAUUAAGUUGGGAAACUACCAUAUUGGUAUAGGCAUACAGACACUAAGAGUAAAUCUGAACACUGGAGAAGCCUUAUUUACCCGUGACCAGCAGAUGGCGCUGUGUCAUGCCGUGAAUGUGUGUGUGCGUGUGUGAAGCGUUAAAGGGACGGUUCACCCAAAAAUUAAAAUUAGCCCAUGAUUUACUCGCCCUCAAUCCAUCCUAGGUGUACAGUAGAUGACAUGCUUCUUUCAGGCGAAUGCGAUCGGAGUUAUAUAUAAAAAUGUCCUGUGUUUUGAAGUUCAUAAAAGUGCAUCUAUCCAUCAUAAAAGAUUGUAUGCACUUCAAAACAGAAUCAGCCAUACACUGCCGUUAUAAAGCUUGGAAGAGCGAGGACAUUUUCCGUAUAACUCCGAUCGUAUUCGUCUGAAAGAAGAGCGUCGCACUUGACGGUGAGUAAAUCGUGGAGUAAGCUUAAUUUUUAGGUGUACUGUCCCUUUAAGGGUUUGCAGGCAAGUUUGUGUUUACCUGGGUACGAAUUUUUGUAAUUUAUGGUUUGGAAAUGGAGGUGUUUGUUGUUUGAACAAUGUAAUUUAGCUGAAAAAAAGUGAAAUUAUGAUGAUGAGAGAUGAAUAUGGUCUAAACUGAAAUUUUGUCAAAGAAAAAUGGAAAUAAAAGUACUACUAACACCA